CUUGACCUUUUGUUUAUUGAGUACACACAAGAAAAACACUAAUACUUCUGUGCACAUUAUGAACAUAACAGGCCAAAAAAGGAUGACAGAAAAUGACAGGGGCACAAAUGUAGAGAAGUAUGUUGGUGAAAUUAAAGGAGGACUGAGACCAACCAUGAAAAUCACUAUCAUGGGGGUAAUAUGCCCAAACCCCAAAAGUUUUUCCGUGACUUUGCUGUGUGACCCUAUGGACGCAACCGCAGAGGUUGGGUUGUUACUUGCAAUCAACUUUACUGAGAAAUCCAUUGUCCGGAAUUCAUGGAUUGCUGGAAAAUGGGGGAAAGAGGAAAAGACAAUUCCCUACUUUCCAUUUACAGCAGGGGACUCUUUUAAGAUGGAGCUCUUGUGUGAGCAUCAGCAGAUUCGGAUCCUGCUUGAUGGGCGUCAACUCUGUGACUUCACUCACCGUAUUGUGCCUAUGCAAAGAGUGACAAAUUUGCAAAUCUCAGGAGAUCUCAAGCUUACCAAGGAUUCUUUUCUUAUGUAUAUCGAGGCAUGGCUCACUUCAACACCCCUUCUCAAGGGCUAGUGCACAAAGUUCUCAAGAUUCAUCUUCUUAUACAGAAUUUCAAGCUUUUCUUGAGAAAAUGGCUUGCAGCACAACCCUUCCAUCAUAAGAAGAACUGGGCAAUUUGCUACUGAUUUCCCUCUCUACUGAAGACCCCCACUCUGUUGAAGGAUCCACUGACUCCAAGGAAC